GAGUAAGAUCAACCAUGAAGGAUCGGAAAGUGAACCCGGCAGCUCGCAAGAAUAUUGCUCAGGUAUGCAUGAGCCUUCAAGAUCGUCUCGGCCUCGCCAAAGUCAAGUACGAGCUAGGUCGACUGGGCGCUUCCGACCUCAAAGACUGGCGCAAUCACCGCUCAGACUCAGACAGGCCCUCCGAUUCUUCCUCAGAAAUCACCUACAGCCGCUACGAAACGCCGUUUACAUCCUCUCCAGCGAGAAAUGCAACGUUCUCUCAUGAACUCCCCCGGUCCGCGAAAAACAAGCAUGCAGCUACUUUCAAUCCGGAGGUGAUACAGCCCAUGCUUAAUGCUAGUCGGAAACGUAUUCGGUCGAAUUCGAUUACAGAUAGACCAGCAAAAGUCCCCAAGUUAUCGUGGAAGGCUUCACAUCAUCUUCCAGAGUCCUCUCCUGUCCAUGCACGACAGUUGCAGAUCUAUUCGAAUCACCCUCCAUCUUACGACGUUCCUUCAUCUGGCCUUUCGGCGUCAGAUGAGGAGAACGACCCAGAGCUUCCAGUACCUCGAGCCCGCAAUGUCAGCUCAUCUAUGGUCAGCUCGUCGCCGCCGCGCACUCCUACUCUACGACAAGCUCGUCUGCCAAGGACCGAUAAAGAUACAGGGAACGAGGAUGGUGCGGAUCUACUGCUCUUCCUAGCAAACUCUCCUACCCCAGCAAGAGUCAAUACAAAAACACAAACCAGAGACUUUCCUCCGUCAACUCCACCAAGCCAAUAUGCCGCUCUGCCGAACAUGACUCCAACCCCUGGGGGCGGGCUGUUUGGAAAUUUCGGUACUCCCAGCCAGCAAUUCAACUUUUCCGAUUUUGUGAAUGUUACUCCCAGCCCCGCUCAGCGCCCCUGGGGAGGUCGGACUCCAGGAAGUUUAUCGAAGACCCCGCUUUUAAGGACUGCGAGGAAGUCUCUGAAUUUUGACAACCUGGUCCCUCCAGAUGUGCAUAGUCCUGUCGGGCAUAGCAAGGAUACUGGUCUUGCACUGCAACUAGGAGAAGAGUUACGGCCAUGAUUAUGCCGAGACUCCCUGUACUAUGUACCUGUUAUGCCUGAGAUGACUUGACUACGAUUCUAUACGCUAUUCACAGCAGUUUCCUUUUUCUUUUUGCAUAUUAAUCGGCGCAUUUGCAUUCUACUUCAGUUUGACCUACUCGGUCCUUCCACUGAUGAGAUAUUACUGUUGUAUCGAUACACAUCACUUGGCCGGUUCUACUACCUGGGAUUUUUUCCUUUCUGUACUUUUCUAACACGUGUCCCUGGGACAGGUUGUCUUUUCAUGCCAGGAUUUUACUGUCUAUCAUUCAUGUUCAAAUUUCAUUAUGUUUGAAUGAGGGCUGAUACGUAAUAUGUUUUUGCGCUAUGACGGUUAGCCUUUUCAUUUCAUGUUUAUGAUGAUCAUGUUUUAAACUUUGCCCAGCUUCUGUAUGGAGUACCACCAAUAAAACCUGUUAGUGAUAAGCUGAAUCAAUUCAAUCAAUCAG